AUGUUGAGAUCAUCAUCACGUUUAGUCCUUAGACAAAGUUUACAAUCAAUUAAAUCAGCAUCCACUCCUUGUGUACUCCGAGCUCAACUUCCCAGAUCUUUGGUAUCCUUCAGAGCCAUUUCUCAAUUAGCUCAUGUCAAAACCCCGCCUAACUUGCAAAACGAACCAGUGAAAUCAUUUGGUUUCAAUGAUGUGAAAGAUUGGGACUUAUUGCGUGCUUCAAUUACCAAAUUCACUGAUGAGGCUAGUUUGAAAGUUCCUUUGGUUGUUGGUGGUCAAAAAAUAUAUCGUGAGGAAACAAAGCCACAAUUGAAUCCAGCUAACCAUUCACAAAAUUUAGCUGAUGUCUCGCAAGCUACAGUGCAAGAUGUACAGGCUGCUAUCAAGGCUGCUAAAGCAGCUAAGGAGUCAUGGGCCAAUACACCUUGGAGCGAUAGAGCUGCUAUUUUCCUUAAAGCUGCAGAUUUGAUUUCAACUAAAUAUAGAUAUGACAUGUUGGCAGCGACAAUGUUGGGACAGGGCAAAAAUGUUUACCAAGCUGAAAUUGAUUGUGUUGCGGAAUUGAUUGAUUUUUUCAAAUUUAAUGUCAAAUAUGCUGAGGAUUUGUAUGGCCAACAACCUUUGCAAACAGCCCCUGGUGUUUGGAAUCGUGCUGAGUAUAGGCCAUUGGAAGGUUUUGUUUAUGCUGUUACUCCGUUCAAUUUCACCGCUAUUGCCGCCAAUUUGGUGGGCGCACCAGCAUUGAUGGGAAACACCGUUGUUUGGAAACCAUCAGCAACUGCAGCAUUGUCAAAUUAUUUGUUGUUGACCAUAUUGGAAGAAGCUGGUUUGCCAAAGGGAGUCAUUAACUUUAUCCCUGGAGAUCCAGUUGAAGUUACUGAUGUUGUAUUGAAUGAUCGUGAUUUUGCUGCAUUGCAUUUCACUGGUUCAACUGAUGUGUUUAAGAAAUUGUAUCGUCAAAUUAGUGAAAAUGUGUCAAAUGAUAAAUACAAGGAUUUCCCAAGAAUUGUGGGAGAAACUGGUGGUAAAAACUUCCAUUUGAUUCAUCCAAGUGCGUCAUUAAACCACUCAGUCUUGUCUACGUUGAGAGGUGCUUUUGAAUACCAAGGACAGAAAUGUUCAGCCACUUCAAGGUUGUACGUACCAGAAUCAAUUUGGCCCGAGUUUAAAGAUAUCUUGUCGGCGCAAAUUGAACAAAUCACCAUUGGCAAUACUUCUGAUUCCAAUUCAUUGAAUGCGUUUAUGGGACCAGUUAUUCAUGAACAAUCAUUCCAAAAAUUGGCCAAGGCCAUUGACGAUGCCAAAUCUGACCCAGAAUUGGAAAUUAUCACUGGUGGAUCAUAUGAUUCCAGUAAAGGAUUCUAUGUUCAACCAACAUUGAUCAAAACCACAAAUCCCGCCCACGAAUACUUGACCAAGGAAUUCUUUGGGCCAAUUUUAACUGUUUAUGUAUACCCAGAUGCUGAAUACGAAUCCAUUAUCAAAUCUAUUGAUUCAGCAACAAAAUAUGGUUUAACAGGAUCUGUUUUCGCUAGAGAUAGACAAGCCAUCAGAUUAGCUGAAGAGAAAUUGAGAUACGCAGCUGGAAAUUUCUACAUUAAUGAUAAAUCAACUGGUGCUGUUGUUGGACAACAAUGGUUUGGUGGUGCUAGAGCCUCGGGAACUAAUGAUAAAGCCGGUAGUGCCAAUAUCUUGUCGAGAUUUGUUUCAAUUAGAAAUGUUAAAGAGAAUUUCUAUGAAUUGGCUGAUUUCAAAUACCCAUCAAAUUAUAACUAA